GCCGGCGUGAGGCGCGUUGCUUUGACUGGCUUCACCACCACCGCUCUCUCUCUCUCUCACCUAAUUAUUCACUUUCCUAUUGACUACGGUGGCCUCUCUUCCUUUUCCAUCUUCUCCACCUAGGGUUUCUCUUCUCUCUCUUUUUCCUUCCUUCAAAUUCUAUUUCCCUCUAGAGACAGAGGAUCCCACAUGCACUUGUGAUUAUAACGCCACUGUCCCCCAAGUCAAGGCGUAAUCUCCUCACUCGUCCCUUUUUUGGUGUUGUUCUGCUUUUUUGCACCGCUUCUCUUUUGCUGGUUGGAGCUUGUAGAAGAUUGUUGGUGUUUACUGGAGCUGAUUUGUGGGGGCCUUUUUUGAGGCUGAUUUGUUCUUGGAUUUUUGGGAUCCGGGAGGCUUGGAAAAGGUUGGUGCUUGGGAUUUGAAUUUUGGAGUUGUGGGUGUCGUUUUGAAGCCUUGGACUGGUUUGACUUUGUGGGUUUUUGAUAAAAACUGAUGAUUUUGAUUCUGGUGAAAGAUUGGUAGUGUUUGAACUGGAAAUUUGAAGUCUUGGGCGUUGGUUUGGAGCUAUCCAGUGGUUUGAGUUUGUGCAAAAUCCAUAUUUGGGAUUGUCGUGGCGGGUUAUUGGUGUUUGCGUUCAAAAAUUGAAGUUCGGGGCAUUGUUAACGAGCUCUGGGAUGGUUUGACUGGGUGGGUCUGUGUUAAAAUCAGUAUUUGUCUUGCUAGGAACAAGUUUGGGUUGUGACUUUGUGGAAAUGGAAUCGAAAAACAGACAUAAUGAGCAUUUGGGAGUGAACAAGAUUGGAAAGAAUAUAAGGAAGAGUCCGUUGCAUCAACCGAAUUUUGGCAAUACUGCUAGACAGCAACCUCAGCCUCAGGUUUACAACAUAAGCAAGAAUGAUUUUCGAAACAUAGUUCAACAGCUGACAGGUUCCCCAUCACAAGAGCCCCUGCCUAGACCUCCCCAGAAUCCCCCCAAACACCCCAGUAUGCGCUUGCAAAGGAUCCGUCCACCUCCAUUAAGUCCUAUUAACCGACCUCAUAUUCCUCCUCCUGCCCUGGUUCCUGCUCCUGCUCCAGCUCUUGCUCCAGCCCCUGGCCAAGUUCCUUACAACCAUGGCUUAGUUAGGCCUCCUCCUCAAUUUGCUCAACCACAUCCUAUGCCUGUUCAGCCAUUGAUGCCAGGGGACACAUCUUGGACUCAUGUUGCUGAGUCUCCUAUCUCAGCUUAUAUGCGGUACCUUCAAAACUCGAUCAUAGAUUCAGGCCCCAGGCCACCUCUAGGCCAAGGACCACCUAGAUUGCAAUCCCCAGUUCUGGGUUCGGUUCAAGCUCAGCCACCAGUUUCGGGUUUAAUUCCUAAUCCGCAUGUUCCCCCUUUCCCUUCCCCUCGAAUGAAUGGUCCUGCCCUGUUGCCUUCUCCGACUUCUCAGUACCCAUUUCCAUCACCAAGUGGUUUCUUGAAUUUGUUGUCUCCUCGAUCCCCUUAUCCACUGCUUUCUCCAGGGUAUCAGUUUCCUCCACCACUGACACCUAACUUUUCAUUUUCACCCAUGGCUGGGUCGGGGAUUUUAGGACCUGGUCCUCAACCUCCACCUUCUCCAGGCAUUGUGUUUCCGUUAUCCCCUUCGGGAUUUUUCCCCCUCACAAGUCCAAGUCCGAGGUGGCGGGAUCCAUAGGUGUAAAGACAGCCUGGCACUUAUACACGAGUUCCUUGUUUGAUCACAUCAUGGGACUUUCUUUGUGUUUAUUCUCCUCCUCAUAGGAGCUUCAAUUGUGAAAAUUGUAAUGUACACUGGUGGUGAAAGAGGUUCUCUUUGAAGUUUGUAGUACUCCCUUUUUCUCUUUAUUUUCCCUUAUUAUCUUUUGUUGAUACCCAUUUCAUGGUUUGUUUUUGAGAUAUGGAUUCUGUAACAGCUGCAAUCUUUCUAGUUUAUUGGACAAGUUUUACUUUAGGUGAUUUAGUGGAAGAUGGAACUAUUCAACUGGAUACUUGUGGAGCUGUAGCAGGAAAGAUAGAGCUGUAAUGAAAAAGGAGGUAGAAUCACAAACAUUAAAAUUUAAUGUGUAGGAAAACUAAUGGAAAGAGUUCUUGUAUUUUUGUAAUAUUUUGGAUUAAAUAUUUUUUUUUUAAAUAUUUACUUCUUGGAGUUUAAUUUUCAGUUCA